AGAAAGUGGAUACUUAUGGCUCGUGUCAGGUCUAGCCAUAGAACCCCGCCAACAUUGUAACUCCAGCAGCUUAGUCGCACAAAACAAGACGGAUGCGGUCAAAACCACUGAAAGCAUUGUCAAAGCAAUGAUGAUGGCACGGUGCUGAUUCCGGAACGAGUGUCUUCCUUCUGUUAUAGUCUGCCUAGGGGAGACUAUUGAUUCCUGCUGAAAGUUCCACGGUUGGGGAUGACCAGAAUAGGUAGCAACUCAGAUCGCGUCUGACGUUCCGAUACCUUCACUUUGUUGUAUCUGCAUCACAAUGACCUCAACGUUUACCCCUUCGCAAGCUGUUGAUAUGUCUAAGGAAAAGGACUGGUCGAUGAACCUCGGAAUGCUUGACUGGGAUGCCACGAGCAUUGUAUUUACAAAGCGCAGCCUGGUCGAGUUCCUCAAAUACACAGGAACCACCGUCGAUCCUGGCUUUAGUAAUAUUCAGAAGCUACCUCGGUAUGCCAAGUUUGGCAAAUUAACGAGUACCGAAGAGCAGUCACCUGAGAUGGUCACAAGUCCCACCGUUUCCUCAUCAGAAAACAAUAGGCUUCUUGCAGAAGAAUUCACAGAUGAUGCAUUGUCCACUGCGCCGCCGCCGCCAAAGCAAGCCCAAACCAGUUCUCAAGGCAAUCCCAACGCUGUAGAUGAGUUCAAGCCCACUAGGCGUGUGAGAACGAGGCCAGGCGGUCACGAUUCUAUUGGCAAUCUGUUCAGUGACGAUUCUGACGAACCCAAAGCUCAAUUUAUUCCGACCCGCAAAGUGCGACAGCGUCCAGGAGGAGACGACAAUAUCGAAGGGCUUUUCUGAAAGAGCAUUCUUUGUAUACCAAUACUACAUAGAACGAAACAACAUGUACCAAAGAUGUCAACAACAUGUAGCAUCAGUACCAUGCGAUCAAAAAUAUUAAUUGGUGAAAGCCAAAAAAAAAUUCAUGGUAGCGGCGAGG